AUGGGGGAACCGAACCACUCUCCCGGGAAGGAGCUUCAGCACUGGACGCAAGCAGAGACUCCUGGAAAGAAAAGCUGGCAUUCUCAGGCCUAUGCCCUUGGGGCCAUUUCCAAUUUUAUGUCUACUUUUCUGACCUUUCCUAUCUAUAAGGUUGUAUUCCGGCAACAGAUCCAUGCUGUGACGGUGUCAGAGGCUCUGCGACAGCUUUGGCAUGAAGGCCCCCAAUACUUCUACAGGGGAAUCUACCCGCCUCUUCUCUCCAAGACGUUGCAAGGGACUCUACUAUUUGGGACUUAUGAUAGCCUGCUGUGCUCUCUUUCCCCUGUUGGGCCACACUCUCUGGGACACCGCUGGGCUGCAGGGCUCAUGUCUGGUGUGGUGGAGGCUGUGGCACUCAGCCCCUUUGAAAGGGUGCAAAACGUGCUCCAAGAUGGUCGCAAGCAAGCUCGCUUCCCUAGUACUUUCAGCAUUCUCAAGGAAUUCAACUCUUAUGGGCUUUGGGGGCGGCUGUCGCUGGGGUACUAUCGUGGUUUCUGGCCUGUCCUUCUCAGGAACAGCCUGGGGAGUGCUCUGUAUUUCUCCUUCAAGGACCCCAUCCAGGAUGGCUUGGCAAAACAAGGCCUACCUCACUGGGUCCCUGCCAUGGUGUCUGGAAGUGUCAAUGGAACAAUUACCUGCCUAGUUCUCUACCCUCUGAUUGUACUAGUUGCCAAUAUGCAGUCUCAUAUUGGCUGGCAGAGCAUGCCCAGCCUGUGGGCCUCUGCCCAGGACAUGUGGGACACUCGAGGCCGAAAGGUGUUCCUGAUCUACCGUGGAGGAUCCCUCGUCAUCCUAAGGUCCAGUGUGACAUGGGGCCUCACUACCGCUAUCCAUGACUUCCUUCAGAGGAAGUCUCAUUCCAAGAAAGACUGA